GCGGAUACACACCCUUCCAAAAAAGUCAGUUUGGUACUGAAUUUGGGCGUUGUGUUCUGUCAGCUGUUCAUGUGCACGUAUAGUUGCGACGACGUGAUGCAACAAAGUGGCAACGUCAGCAAUGCAAUAUUCUCAAUACCAUGGACAAUCUUCCCUAUGAACGAAGCGGGUACCAUUAUACGAAAAAAUGUGAUAAUUAUCAUCAUGAGAUCGCAUAAAUUUUGUUGCUUAACAGCCGGAAAAUUUUUUCCUGUUUCUCUCCAAACAUUUACCGGGGUAAUUAAUUCCACUAUAUCUUCGCAAUAAUUUUACUUUUUCUACCAUUCACCCUUUCACUACUGUAGGUGUUCACGUCAGACCGCUCCUAUUAACCUAACUGCCAUGGCAUAAGUCACACAGUUCACACGUAAUCAAUCUACGGCGUAUCAGAUUUGUUCCUUUUGUCUUUGAAAUUUAAUUCUACAAUGAUUUUAAUGAUGAAAUGUUCGUACUUAAACAAUAGCUCUUAAACAAUAUCUCACAGUCAGACACGAUUAUACUAAUUUAUAUUAGACUUCAAAAAUUUAAGAAAUUUAGUUUCAUUUUGUAUUUUGUAUUUCAUAAUUUGUCUGCUUAGUAAGAAAAUUAAAUCAAACAAAGAAUUUCAAAAUUAUGAAAUGUAAAAUUCUUGUAACUCUGAAUAUCCAACGUUGAGGACUAAACCAAGGUAGUUUAAUUUAUUAAUUACCACACCUCAUAGAUAUAAUAUUAUUUUUAUAUUUGCAAUAUUUAUUUUGUUAUAUUUGUAUUUUGCAACAUCUAUAAUUUUAUAGUAUUAUACACACGAUAUCUUUUUAUUUUAUUUCUUUUUUAUUGUACCAAUAAUAUGUAUUAUAGUAAUAUAAUAAUAACUUUUGAAACAAAUUAUUAAUAGCAAUGUUCUAUGUGAUCUAUAUUUCGAAAUAAAAUUUGAUUGAUUCGUUCCUAACUCGUUAUGAUUAAUGUUACUUUGAUUCUCUACGAUUCUUUAUGAUUUAACGCUGUUUUGUUUGCCAUGGCGAGAAAUUUUAAUCAUUCCUGAAAAUGUAAAAUUGUAAUUAUUGUAUUGUUGCAGGUUCUCAGUAUGGCAAUGUCUUAUUUCACUCUGCUAAAAAAUACAUCUUUAAAUGCAAUAAGUUCAUAA